AUAAAUAAUCAAAUAAUAAUCUUUUAAGUGUGUGUAAAUUAUGUUCUGUAACAAAGUGCUUCUAGCUUUAUUAAUAAUAUUUGUGUUUCGCAUUGAAUUCAAUGAAACAAAACACACAGAAUGUUUACAAAAGUCAUAUGGUAAAAAUAAAUUAGUAUGCGUAUGUAAUGCACAACAAUGUGAUACAAUUGAACCAAUUGAAUAUAAAGAUGGUAAAUUUUUAAUUUAUACAACAAGUAAAAGUGGACUACGUUUAAAACGUUCAUAUGGUGAUGUGGAAAAACUGGCACAAUCGGGAAAUGAUGAAGAUGAUGAAUAUUUAGUUGAACUAUUACCUGAUAUUAAAAUGCAACAGAUUGUUGGAUGGGGUGGUGCAUUUACAGAUUCAACUGGCAUUAAUAUUAAAUCGUUGUCCGAAGAUGUUCAAGAUAAAUUAUUACAAUCAUAUUUUGCAGCCGAUGGUAUAGAAUAUAAUAUUGGUCGAGUACCAAUUGCUGGAACUGAUUUUUCAACACGAGCAUACGCUUAUAAUGAAGUACCAGGAGAUAUCCAAUUAAAAAACUUCAACCUAACUAAAGAGGAUUUUGUUUAUAAAAUUCCUUUAAUUAAAAAAGCUAUAGCUUUACGAGAUGGCUUAAAAUUUAUGGCUAGUGCGUGGAGUGCACCCGCUUGGAUGAAAACAAAUAAUGCAUUAACUGGACUUGGUUUUUUAAAAGAUGAAUUAUAUCAAACGUGGGCUAAUUAUCAUAAGAAGUUUUUAGAUAUGUAUAAAGAAAAGGGUAUUGACUUUUGGGCGAUAACAACGGGGAAUGAGCCUGUCAAUGGAUUAUUACCAGUUCAAGUAUUUAACUCGAUGGGUUGGACACCGGGAACAGUGAGCAAAUGGAUUGCUGAAAAUUUAGGACCUAUUAUUAAUGAGUCACAACAUUCUAAUGUGAAAAUUUUUGCAUUAGAUGAUCAACGAUAUUUUUUACCAUGGUGGAUAGAUAUUGUUUUUGAAAGUACCUUAACGAAAGAUUAUGUUUCUGGAAUCGGAGUGCAUUGGUAUGGAGAUGGUUAUACUCCAAUUUCAUUACUUGAUUCCACAAAUGAAAAAUAUCCUGAUAAACUUUUAUUGUAUACAGAAGCUUGCAUUGGUAGUCAUUUUUGGGAGAAAAAAGUUGAUUUAGGUUCAUGGAGUCGUGGUGAAACGUACCUUCAAAGUAUUAUUGAAACCGUGAAUCACUGGGUAACUGGUUGGAUUGAUUGGAAUUUAGCGUUAGACGAACAAGGUGGACCAAACUGGGUACAAAAUUAUGUCGAUUCGCCUAUUAUAGUCAAUAAAACUGGGAAUGAGUUUUAUAAACAACCGAUGUUUUAUGCAAUGGGUCAUGUAUCCAAAUUUAUACCAUCAAAUUCAUUUCGAAUUGGAAAUCGAGCGAAAUUACCGAGAAAUUUAUUCGUUUUGACAGUAGAGCGGCCAGCGGAACAGCGCUAUGUGGUUGUAAUUCUAAAUAAGAAUAACAACGAUUAUAAUAUAAAAUUCAAAUAUCGUAAUUCAACCGAUGUUCCAUCGAAAUAUGCGACUGUUCUAAUUGAAAAAUAUUCUAUGAGUACACUUAUAUUUUAAUAAAUAAAUAAAAAUUUACACAGCCAAUAAAAAAAUUAAAACAUUUACAAU